AUGCUGAAGAAUUUAGAUUUUAAAACCAACGGUAUUCCAAUGAAAUUAACAGUAGGCGAUGAAGUAAGUGAAGACGCGAAUGAAAAUUUAGAAAACGCAGAGAGUGUUCCGGGUAAGUCUGAUGAUGUGAAGAGAAAAGAAACAAGUGAAUCGAGAUUGGCAACAAAAAAUGACAGCAAUGUUGUUGAUAACCACGUUAAUAACAUACAACAGGACUUAAAGGACAUUGAGGCUGUUUUAAAAUCAAAAGCGACGUAUCUCUAUAACCACCCGUCUAGCAAAAAAAAUAGUCUAGCCAAAAUCAAACUUAUGUUAAAGAAUAUAAAGAAGAUGUUAAAGAGAGAAGAGAAGAAAGUGGAGAUUGACGAUUUCAAGUCGUACAUUCCUAUUAGUGAAGAUGUGAAGAAUCCGGCUCCACGAGGAUUGGGCAGAUCGUCUUUUCUGGAUGGACUACAGAUAAUAAAUAGCGGCAAGAAAAUUCAGGACUUUAUAUAG